AUGGCACCAUAUGAGGCCUUCUACGGAAGAAAGUGUCAAUCACCAUUAUGCUGGUAUGACAAGGAGGAAGGCAGGAUUUUGGGGCUAGACUUGGUACAAGAAACUACUGAACGGAGUAAGCACAUUCGAGAGAAGAUUCAAAUUGCCCAAAGUCGACAAAAGAGCUAUGCAGAUAUUAGGCAUAGGCCCUUAGAAUUUAACGAAGGUGACCAUAUUUUCUUAAGAAUGACACCUACAACUAGAAUAGGUAGAGCUCUUAGGACUAAGAAAUUGAAUCUAAGAUACUUAGGUCCUUUUCAAAUUCUUAAAAGAGUCGGUCCAGUAGCAUACCAAGUAGCUCUCCCUCCUUAUUUGUCAAACCUUCAUGAUGUUUUUCAUGUUUCACAACUCAAAAAGUAUAAUCCCGACGAAAGCCACGUUUUACAACCAGAGAUAGUACAGCUGCGAGCCGACUUGACAUAUCAAACCCUACCAGUCAGGAUUGUGGAACGAAGUGACAAACAGCUUAGAGGCAAGACAGUAUCAUUGGUUAAGGUAGCAUGGGGACAAACUGGGACUGAAGAGUACACAUGGGAGCUAGAAGACAAGAUGAGAACAGACUACCCGUUUCUCUUUUCAGGUAAUUGA